AUGAACUACAAGUUAUUAGUUUUAGAGAAUCAAACUCACAAGAAGGCGAAGAAGAGAGAAAACUACCCUCAUGGGAAUAAUGAAGACAAUGAUACUAAUGGGGAAGAAGGGCACUACAAUGUGAGUAAGAGUGCAGAAACGAAUGAUGCAUCCCAGUUGGAAGAAAAUAGAGAAAGACAGGUUGAUCAGGAGGAAAGCCUUUCGGGGUAUAAGCCAGGUACUAAUCUAGCAGGCAGCAAAAAGUGGAUUCGUCUGGAGAGGGAAAAAGCUGAGAGGACUGAAGGAGCUGAGGAGACAGUGGGCAGUAAGAGAGUGUAUGACGAUGGAGUUAAAGACAUGGAAAUCGACCCUCUUGCCUGUGGUGGAAAAAAGUUUAAACAGGAUUCAAACCUAAUAGCGGAUGGCGAAGUGGCAGUCCUUGCCGAGGAGCAAGGCCGACGAGCCCAAUGA